AUGAAGUUUGAGGGAGCUAGGAGUGAGAGAGAGAACCAGGCUGCUGAUGACUCCGAGGGAGGGGCCCUGGACAUGUGCUGCAGUGAGAGGCUGUUGGGUCUCCCCCAGCCAGUAGAGAUGGAAGCACUGGACGAGGCUGAAGGGCUCCCCAGCAAGCAGAGGGAGAUGCCACCACCCCCGCCACCCUCACCGCCCUCUGAGCCAGCUCAGAAGCUGCCACCUCAAGGCUCCGGGAACCACUCCCUCACUGUCAGAAGCAGCCUGUGCCUGUUCGUUGCCUCUCAGUUCCUGCUCGCCUGUGGGGUGCUCUGGCUCAGUGGCCAUGGCCACUCCUGGCUGCAGAAUACCACAGACCUCAUCUCCUCCUCGUUCACACUGUUGAACCACCUGGGACCUGUGGCCUGGCUGGGUUCUGGGACCUGGGGGAUCCCGAGUCUGCUGCUAGUCUCUCUAACUGUGGGCCUGGUCAUCAUCACCACCCUGGUGUGGCACCUCCUCAAGGCACCCACAGAGCCACCCGCCCCACUGCCCCCAGAGGACAGGCGCCAAUCAGUGAGCCGCCAACCCUCCUUUACCUAUUCGGAGUGGAUGGAGGAGAAGAUAGAAGAUGACUUCCUGGACCUGGACGCGGUGCCUGAGACACCUGUGUUUGACUGUGUGAUGGACAUCAAGCCUGAGACUGAUCCCACCUCAUUGACUGUCAAGUCCAUGGGUCUGCAGGAGAGGAGAGGCUCCAAUGUCUCCUUGACCCUGGACAUGUGUACCCCUGGCUGCAAUGAGGAGGGCUUUGGCUACCUGGUGUCCCCACGAGAGGAGUCAGCCCAUGAGUACCUGCUCAGUGCCUCCCGCGUCCUCCGGGCAGAAGAGCUGCACGAAAAGGCCCUGGAUCCUUUCCUGCUGCAGGCAGAAUUCUUUGAAAUCCCCAUGAACUUCGUGGAUCCAAAAGAAUAUGACAUCCCAGGGCUGGUUCGGAAGAAUCGGUACAGAACCAUCCUUCCCAAUCCUCACAGCAGAGUGUGCCUGACUUCACCAGACCCUGAAGAUCCUCUGAGUUCCUACAUCAAUGCCAACUACAUCCGGGGCUACAGUGGGAAGGAGAAAGUGUACAUCGCCACACAGGGACCCAUCGUCAGCACUGUGGCGGACUUCUGGCGCAUGGUGUGGCAGGAGCACACACCCAUCAUUGUCAUGAUCACCAACAUCGAGGAGAUGAACGAGAAGUGCACGGAAUACUGGCCAGAAGAGCAGGUAGUCCACGACGGCGUGGAGAUCACCAUACAGAAAGUCAUCCACACUGAGGACUAUCGACUGCGACUCAUCUCCCUCAGGAGAGGGACUGAAGAGCGAGGCUUGAAGCAUUACUGGUUCACAUCCUGGCCUGACCAGAAGACCCCGGACAGGGCACCCCCACUCCUGCACCUGGUACGGGAGGUGGAGGAGGCAGCCCAACAAGAGGGACCCCACUGUUCCCCAAUCAUCGUUCACUGCAGUGCAGGGAUUGGGAGGACUGGCUGCUUCAUUGCCACCAGCAUCUGCUGCCAGCAGCUGCGACGGGAGGGCAUCGUGGACAUCCUAAAGACCACAUGCCAGCUCCGUCAGGACAGGGGUGGCAUGAUCCAGACAUGCGAACAGUACCAGUUCGUGCACCACGUCAUGAGCCUCUAUGAGAAGCAGCUGUCCCACCAGUCCUCAGAGUGACCACGCUCUUCCUCUGAGCUCCUCUGGGCACUGCCCAGCCUGAGUCUGGGCCUUCACCCCAACAACCCAAGAUCUGGCCUUGGGUCCUGGGCCUGCUCCCUGUCCCUUCCCCUCACCCUUCCUUCUCUUCAGUCUGCUCCCCCUCUGUUGUCCUGGCCUGGUCCCUACCCCCAGCCUAGCUCUUCUACUGGACAUACUGCAGAGUUGGGGAGGGCAGGGGAGGAAUUGCCAGGCCAGGCCUGGGGCCCCUGGGCCUGACCCACACCGUACAGACCUGGGGCCUCAGUUUUAACCAUGGUUCCACUGCUACUUGGUCCAAAAUGUUUCCAUGCCACACCCUAAGUGUCCUGCCACUACGUGCUCUGUCUGUCCAUCCAUCUCUGCUAUCUGUACCAGACACUGUGUCCCCUCAGGCAGGAAAGGAACACUGAACUGAGCUCUAGUCCCUCAGCCCCCCAUCCCCCAAGGCAGAGGUACCUGCCUCUAGCCCCACCAGCUCCUCUGAAAAGGCAGAUUGCAUUUUGCCACCAGGAUGUGGAUGGCAGGAACAGGAUCCAGAGACCAGGCAGUGGAGCACGUGAUGGUUAACAGAGAGAUCCCAGCUAAGGAAGAAGGUUCCUGGGCAAGGGUGGGCAUUAUUCUAGAUGCCUUCUGAGUGUUUGAUACUCUCAGGAGGCAAUGACCAGCCUGUGAGGCACUGGAGAGGAAGAGGACAGAUGCAGGUGGGGAACCCCAAAGAGCCGGGCCCUGAGGGGGUCCUCCAAGAGUAGGAUGGGGACUCGACUACAGACCUGUAAGACAUCUUUCUGUGUCACCACGGGAAAGCCCAAAAGUCUCGCUGCGUGUUGCUCUGUGUGUGUUCCCUGUGUCCAUGUACGUGUUGAGAGCCCAUGAGCAGGGCGUGCAUGACUCUUUGGCAACAUGUGUUAUC